GCAGGUUAGUCACCUACUCCAGAGAGAAUCAGAACAAUGUCCUACGUUUUUGUAAACGACUCUUCCCAGACAAAUGUGCCGCUGCUGCAGGCUUGCAUUGAUGGAGAUUUUAACUAUUCCAAACGACUGUUAGAGAGCGGUUUUGACCCAAAUAUUCGUGACAGCCGAGGCCGAACUGGCCUUCAUCUUGCUGCAGCCAGAGGAAAUGUAGACAUCUGUCAACUCUUGCAUAAAUUUGGUGCUGACCUACUAGCCACUGAUUACCAAGGUAACACAGCCCUUCACCUGUGUGGGCAUGUGGAUACCAUCCAGUUCCUAGUUUCCAAUGGACUUAAAAUUGAUAUUUGCAAUCACCAAGGUGCAACACCGCUUGUUCUUGCAAAACGAAGGGGUGUGAAUAAAGAUGUGAUUAGACUGCUGGAAUCUUUAGAGGAGCAAGAGGUGAAAGGAUUUAACCGAGGAGCUCACUCAAAGCUGGAAACAAUGCAAACUGCUGAAAGCGAAAGUGCGAUGGAAAGCCAUUCCCUCCUUAAUCCAAACCUACAGCAAGGUGAAGGAGUUCUUUCCAGUUUCCGCACGACAUGGCAAGAGUUUGUGGAAGACCUGGGCUUCUGGAGGGUGCUGCUCCUCAUCAUUGUCAUUGCUCUUCUGUCGCUUGGAAUAGCAUACUAUGUUAGUGGAGUGCUUCCUUUUGUAGAAAACCAGCCUGAACUGGUGCACUGAAGCGAAUGCAAAGAAGUGCACCAUGCUUUUCCCUGUUCUAAUCUUAUUUUGAGCUUCUUGGAGUUAUUCUCUUGGUGCAGGCAGUGGCAGCUGUAUAUACUGUUUGCCUUUUGUACUUGUUAUUGACCCCUUUGAAAGAGGGAUUAAUUAAUUUCAAGUAAAACACUAAAUUCUAAAGCAUUCCUAAGCUACCUCUGACUUACCUUGACUUGAAAGCAAGAUGUGAAGGUAAUUGUCUCUGAUAAAAUAUUAUGAUUAGAAAAGGCCUUUCAUAAUGAAUAUUAAAUUCCUGGGCAUGAAAAAUAUAUCCUAGUACAGAAGCAAAUUUGAUUUAUUUUCCCUAUGAAGAGAGGUAAAUCUAUUGUUGGGGUUUUUUU